UAUAGGCAGCUCCUACCUCUCACUUUCUAUAUUCUCUUUGUUUAACACGGCUUCUUUUUGCUAUAUAUGUUUGUAAGAUUUAGCUCUUGGUUUUGCUCUCUGGCUCUGUUUUCUCAUGGAAGGGUCUUUGCUCUUAGAGAGCUUAGACUCUCUUUGGUUCUUCUCUAAUUUGUUUUCUUCACGAACUCAGCCAAUUAUGAGUCCUUCUAGUGAGGGAAUAACAAAUGAAGAAGACCCGACAAAACUCACUAAGCCAAUUGUUCCUAGCCAGCCAAAUGAGUCACCAAAGGCUGAGCUUUUGUCCCCAAGAAAACCCCUCAAGUCAAUUGUAUAUAGCCAGCAGCAAAAUGAGUCACCAAAGGUUGAGUCUUUGUCUCCCAGAUGCUCCAAAUGUGGUGAAUACGCUGCUGAAAUUAAGUGGCCUGUGGAUGUGGAAAGAAUUAUCUCGCAAGAAGCGGAGUUUCGAAAGCACGAAAAGAAAGAAGAGAGAAGUAGUAGCAGCAGAGGAAAGAGGAAAAGCAAGAGAAAGAUAUUGGGAGAACUUGACCUAGGGUUAGAUCAUACUGGGACUUACUUGAGAGAUUGUGGGGUUUGGGAGAUAGAUUAUAAGGCAAAUGGUUGUGAUUUUGGGUUGUUUGGAAGUCAACAACAUUUUGUGAAGAUGCCACCUUUGAGUGAUGGAAUAGCCAUGAAAGAGCAUCUGAAGUCUUGGGCUUAUGCUGUCGCUUGCACUGUUAGAUGAGUAUGGAUGUUAGUUUCAAUUGACGGUGGAGUCUUUGAUCUAACUUUUAAUUGUAGUUUGUAGAAGAAUGUUGUCUUUCUAGGCUAGCUGCUCUAAUUGUACUCCUUUUCUUCUAGCUCCUGUCAUUAGGAUGUGAUUGAGAAAUUUUGGUGCUGCAAAUGUAUAAAUGGAUCAACUGUAGUCUUCCGUUUUUAGUUUUGUAUUAACACCAUCUCGUGGCUUUGGCCGAGUGGUUAAGGCGCUUGCCUGCUAAGUAAGUGGGGUUUCCCCGCGUGAGUUCGAAUCUCACAGGCCACGACCUUUAUUAUUUA